GGAUAACUAACUCAUCGGUAUGCAUCGGGUAUAAGUGCAGAGGACGGAAAGGGUAAAGGAGAACCUUCUCCCAUGGCGACCGACAUCUCUUCUUCUACUCGGAGACUAUUCAGGAGCUUGAUCUAUCUGGCGGUUCAAAGAUGCCGGAUCGCGGAGACUCUCUGCAGACUGUCGAUCUCGAUCAGAUGCUUCCGCGUGUCGAAUCCUCCAUUCAUGCGCAUCUCUAUUUCAGACACUGGGGUCGGAAGCAGCUUGGUGGAGUUCCAGGACCUGGACCGGGGAAUGUGUUCCGUUUCAUCCGACAAAUGGGAUGGAAUGUUGUCAAUAACAACUACUGGAAUAAGAGACAAAGAUAUACAUAACUACCAUCUGAAUCUUAGAGAAGCAUUAACUUCUAAAUUAAGGUUGAAUACAUUACCACCCACAUGCAAGAAUCAUGGGACAUUCAGUGGGACCGAAGUUUGCUUUUCUACUGCAGAGGAAGACAACAUUGAUGACUUCAUGGCAUGGGUGUUUCCCUUUGUUCGGAAGAUAUUUCUACUGAAGACACCUAAUCUUGCUGUGGAUCUCACAGUUGAGCAUACAGAAAACCUUGGGUUGCGAUACAAUCACCUUCAUCAAGAAACUGAUGACAUUUACCUGCCCCUUUCAUUGUCAAAUAACGAGCGGCUACUUUUAAGCCUUCAGAGCUAUGUUCUCAGGCACAGAAAUGCUUUAGAUAAAGAGUGUCAGCUUUGUUUCACAAGCAGAGAUCAUUUAAAGUUUGGAACUGGGGUUGCAAGCAACAUCCAAAUCAGAGAUUCUGGACGGAUAGUGGAAGUGGCAAUAGUGAUAACAUCUGUGCAAUCACAGUGUUGUCUGUGGCGAUUGAACUAUGCUACUUCACAGGUUAUGUACUUCCAAGAAUUCACUCCCUUUUCAGUCUCUCAAUCAUCAAUUGAUGCAUUGACAAGCAUAAAUUGGCAAAAUUAUGGUUUAAGAUUAAGGGAAAUUAUCAUGGAUGGAGAUGGGAAUGCAGUGCUUGAAUGGGUGGACGUGCCAUCAUUUGGCUACAUGGAUAUUGCCAUCCAUUGUUACCAUCAAAGAAUUGUGACUCGAGAACGCACUUCAGCUGAUCGAAAUCUCAUCAAGAAAGCAGUUAAGAUUGCCCUGGAUGACUUGAAGGCAAAAUAUGCAGGCCUUCUUCUCAGCUUUCGUUCCGUCAAGAUCUGCAAUCACAUUCCUGACCUUUCAAGAACAAUUGCCGGUUUGAUCUUGUCAUCCAAUGAUCCGGAGUUCCAUAGUGAAUGUGCUUCCCUUCUCGGACUGCAAUCCAAUGAUGCUUGCACUGAGGAGACAGUUGAUUCUUGCAUCAGGGAAAAGAUUAUUAGGAUUAUAGAAAUGAAUGAUGGAAAGAAGAAGAAGAAGAAGAUAGAAAGGGGAAGUGCUCCCUGCCUUUUUGAAUGUGAGGGCCACCUAAAAGAACAUUGUCCAGAAGGAAAAGAUGAUGAUUCUGAGGAAGUAAAUUUCGACAUGGAGCUCAGAGCCAAAUAUUACAUAGCAAAUAAGAUCUGGAUCUCUGACAGCUUAGUAACCUCCGUUGCUAUCGUACGUAUAACAGAGGCAUGGCAUGGCAUAGACUUCACGUUCUUGCAUGAAUGGAUGGCGAUCCUGCAUUCCACCAUAUCAACGAUUAAUCAUUCGUAUGUAAAGAAGCGUAGUCUGCUUGUUAGUACCAGUUGGCUCGCCAUCCACUCCAGCAGUGGAUUCACGAGCGACAAACAUCCUUGUUCCUCCAAAGAGCUCAAAACCAUUAACCCAGAUCUUCCAGGAUUGCACUGA